CACUGUCCUCGACUGGAUCGGACAACCUUUCGAGUUCAAUAGUUGUCUUCCAGCCCAUAUCGCCUCUUAUAGCACUACUCCACGUACCCUUUCAUCUUUGUCCGAAGAUCAUAUUCACACACAAGUCUCUUCGCUGCGACAAACCAUGCCUACGGAUCUAGCAUUGAAGUUUUAUGACCAGUUUGAACAGCUGAGCUCCUUACUUCGCAAACUGCAGACUUCAUCUGCCUUUUAUUCUGUUCCAUGUCACGGAAAUCGGACGGAGGCGCGAUCUGGCCCAGGAGACUCAUCACAUAUGGAAUCAAGGCAGACGGGCUCCAUGGCCUGCUGAUCACCACUGAAGAGACCCUAGUCCAGUUCUCGCGGGAAAAGCUCAUUCGGCAGACGUUCUUACCUCGGCUUGACUUCGCAGAUGACAUGGAGAGCAUGGAAGGUCGGACAGAGCCUGGGCCUCUGAUGGCUGAGUCUGACGAGUCAUCCGGCGGUUCACCUGCUGAAGAGGAGUCGAGCUCACUGGCGUUGCAGUUGCUGGUUCGCCCGAGACAGCCUUUCGACUAGCACAGUAGCGUGUCGGAGAAUACAAGAGGGUCGCGUC